AAUAGGUCUUGGUUGUGUUUCUGUUUACCUAGGAAAGCCUGGCUGCGAGCUAAAAUGUUGUUUAUAUGUUGAAACGUUCAUUUAGCUAGCUGUAAUAUUUCUGAAUUAGGAGAGCAUUAACUACGUUUAAGCAUGAACUCCAUCCUCACCUUGACAAAACUGCAGCAGCAAUUUGUAACCAGUGUUCUAGCUUGAAUGAUUGAUUCAAGCCAAACCUCAAAUGAACUCGAUCUGAAACCACCUCACGUUGCUAGCUGUGGUUACUGAGUUGGUCAUUGUUUUUACGGCUAGGCUCAAUCUAGCAGAGACAUGAGUGAUGAGUCCAAAAGUUUCGAGACCCGGUCCAGCGGUGAUUUGUGGUCGGAGAUCUGCUCAGAUCUGCCAGAGCCACCUGACCACGGAGCUGCCGAAGAACACUUCACAGAUUCAUUCCAGCCUCAGUGUCCUGUAAGCAACCAGAGCAGCUUGACCUCUCCUAGCAACCUUACUUCUUCCAGUCAUUGGGAACCGAUGGCAGACUCUGCAGUCUAUAUUGCCAGCUUAGAGAACCGUUUGAAGAGGAUUAAAGGUCAGACGAAUGAAGUCACAUCAAGGGAAAUGUUGCGCUCCUUGUCCCAGGCCAAAAAGGAGUGCUGGGACAGGUUCCUCCAUGAUGCUCAGACUUCAGAGCUAUUCCAGGAAGGAGAGCUGGAUCAGAGUGCCUUGGAGCAGCUGAAGCGUUGGUUGUCUCCAGAGCGUGUAGCAAUCAGUGCAGAAGAGCUGGAGUACCUCCUCUUGCCAUCUAAGAGCCGAGAGAGAGCCUCACACCACCAAUCGAGCUCAGGUCAUUCCACAGAAGAGCUGGACGAGGAAGAAUGUUCAAGUCCUGAAAAAUAAGUCUCAUCAUUCCCCAAAAGACUAGUCACAUGAGCAGCAGAUGAUCGUGUAUUUGAGAUUCACUGUGUAGUAUCUGAUGAUGAUGAUGAUGAUGAUGAAUCUUCAGAGGAUGUAAUGUUGUGGACUUUUGAGAUUGAUUUUUUUAAACCAUAUUCUGUAUUUAAAAAAGGAGUAUCUUAAGUAAUCAGUAAUUUCCCACCCUACUUUUUCCUCUCUCUCCCCCCAACAUGAAUUAGUAUUCAGAAUAUCAAACAGUAUUAUGUGUAUUUAGUUGCAUAACUGAAAACCUUUAAAAGGAUUUAACAUUCUGUAUGGCUUUUCUUACCAGGUUUUCAAGAAAAGCUGAACUCAAAACUGUCAUUUUAGUCUUGCUUGAUCACAUCAUACACUAUACAUGAGCAUCAGUCUCUCAACGGAUACACUACCGUUCAAAAGUUUGGGGUCACCCAGACAAUUUUGUGUUUUCCAUGAAAAGUCACACUUUUAUUUACCACCAUAAGUUGUAAAAUGAAUAGAAAAUAUAGUCGAGACAUUUUUCUGGCCAUUUUGAGCAUUUAAUCGACCCCACAAAUGUGAUGCUCCAGAAACUCAAUCUGCUCAAAGGAAGGUCAGUUUUAUAGCUUCUCUAAAGAGCUCAACUGUUUUCAGCUGUGCUAACAUGAUUGUACAAGGGUUUUCUAAUCAUCCAUUAGCCUUCUAAGGCAAUGAGCAAACACAUUGUACCAUUAGAACACUGGAGUGAUAGUUGCUGGAAAUAGGCCUCUAUACACCUAUGGAGAUAUUGCACCAAAAACCAGACAUUUGCAGCUAGAAUAGUCAUUUACCACAUUAGCAAUGUAUAGAGUGUAUUUCUGAUUAGUUUAAAGUGAUCUUCAUUGAAAAGAACAGUGCUUUUCUUUCAAAAAUAAGGAAAUUUCAAAGUGACCCCAAACUUUUGAACGGUAGUGUACAGUGUACAUUUCUUGGUUUUCUGCGAUCUUUGAUCUCUUCUAAGCUUUCUGGAGGGGUUUUUAUUUUAUUUUAUACACUGUCACCGUGCAUGUACAGGCUUUCAAAAAUAAUAUUAACCAGUAUCAGGUCAUGUUUUACCUCCACUUCCUCCACACCAGCUACCAUCAAGUACAGUUCCACCAGUUUCAUUUCACUAGUUUGAUUCACCAAUGGACUGUUGGGUUUUAGAGGAGAACGCCACACUCAAACACAAUAAAUAUGUUCAUCUAGAAA